AUGUCACAUCAGAGGGAUGAAUCCACGUCCAUGUUUGAUUCAUUACCCAAGAAGCCCCUUCCCCUCCGCCAGAUUGAAGAAGAAUUCCUCCAGUCUCGUUCAGAGGAAUUCUUUGCAAUACGGGAUCCGGCUCAACGACCGUUUUUCUUCAGCAGACUUUUUUCAAGUUGGUUUGCACGUUGGCCCGAGGAGAAAAUGUUGUUUCCCGGUACAUCAUUUUAUAAAUUGACUCCAAACCAAAUGGCCGCAGUAGGAGUGGCGGUGCGAAAACGCCGCAAGAAUCUUAUGGCCUAUUACACCUCGUCUGACAGGCGGUAUCCCAGAUGCCCCAAGGCCCGUAGUUUAUGGACUCACCGCUAUGAGAAGAUGGGUAACAGGAGUUGGGCAACAAAGGACCAAGCGGCACUUCUGCAGACAUUCCUACCAGCUUACAUUGAAUGCAUCCCCGCGAAAAAUUACGAGCCUGUAUUGAAAAAAGUGUGGCUGGAUUUUUUCCAGCGUUGGCCAGAGCACGAAGUGGUUUUUCCUGACAUACCAGCCGAUGAGGUAUUGUCAGUCCAGCAAACCAACAUGCUAGCAAAGGCGGUCAGCGCUCGGCAACUGCAAAUCACAUGUUGGUACCGCUGGCAAACCAAUGUGUCACGCAUGAGCCGUACAAGCGGAACGUGGGGGGUGCUGAAAUUUGAUGCGGUGUUGGCAGGUGGGGUGACCAGUAAACGUGCACCCCGAAAAAUGCAUGUCUAUUCACAUCAGUAUUAUGACGAGAAGGUUAAGAUGGACGCGGACAAAGCCAUUUGCACCGAAAAUGUCACCAACCGUGGUCCCAGACUGAACAAGUGUUUAGCUCUCACUCAGGAAAAGUUCGAGGCAGAGAGCGAGGAGGUGAAAGAACAGGUGGAGAAAAACUAUCACAAUGCAAGAGCGAAGUUUGCCAGAGACCGUAAGCGUCUAAAGGCUGGAAAGAUGCCAAAAGUUGAUGAGCACACAAAAAACAACACCAUUCGUGAAUUGGGUCCAAUGCUGGACCGUGUGUUCCGCUACCUAUCUCAUGCGACCGAUGGCUGGAAAUUUUCGGUCCUCAUGGCAGGCCCUGACCCAAUAAAGUGUGGGACAGCGGUCUAUGAUUACCACAUAGGCGAACUCGAUAAUGGUAUUCAGUUUAACACAUUUUGUGCUAACUUCAAUGCCGUCCAGGAAGCAUUUCUGGACUUCACUAACAAAGCGAUUGCCUUUGAGGCCACUCUCCCCAAAGACGAUGAGGAGGAUGGGAGUGACAAUGACACCAGCAACAACUCGGAGAUGAACGCUGGUGGGAGCGGUGGUGCUGCGGCCGUGAAUGAAUUCAACAACCUUGCCUUUCGCACGGACAGUUUGCAUCGCAUAUCACCUGAUUCAGAGUCACAGGAGCUUCGAGACAACCGUCUUGCAUUACCACAUGAUGAUUUCAGUUCUGACGAUUUCGGUUCAAUGGUGCCGGGUCACUUGUUGGAUGAGGUCCCUCAAGACCAACGUUCUGUGUUGCCUGACCAGUUUAAUUUCCACAAUCACGACCUCAAUUUUGGGCUGGACUUCAGUGAUGAUGCCCCGGCUUUAAUUGGCAUCAACGCUCCUCAGUUCCAGGCGUCUUCCCUGGACUUUUUCACCCCGAACUUCGUGAACACUGCCGGGAACCUCACCACUGCCCACACUGCCCCCCAGAAUGAUGUUCCUCAGUUCACAGCGUCUCCUCUAGACCCGUUCACCCCGAACUUCGUCAACACUGCCGAGAACCUCACCACUAGCCCCCAGAACAAUCUUCCUCAGUUCACAGCACCCCCACUGGACUCGUCGAUCCCGAACUUUCCCUCUGUAUUGAUAUCCGACAUGCCAUUGACGUUGCCCCCACCACUGACUCCUCCGCAGACCCCACAUGCUAUUGAUGUUCACCUGCCUGCGGUUCCCGACAAGGCAGCGGGUCCAGCAGGUCCAGAUUCGGAUGAAGUGGUGCCUUCCCAUCCCAACCGUCGCCGACGUACAAGGGUGUCUGCUGUAAGUGAGGAUACACAGCAGAUCCCUCCUCCAGCAGAGGAAACUCGUCAACGCCGUGCGCGUAAUGUUGCUUUUAACAGACGCGAACUUGAUAACGCCAUCGGGACUUCAACUGCUCAACAACAUGUAGCGAACAAGUAUGUCUGA